CUACUUUCAAUAAUGAAUAUUCUCGUGGACUGUAUAAACCAACCAAAGCUUUCAUAAAAAUGCAUUAAAAGCAAUAAAACAAGGCUUUGUUAUAAAUACUGAGCGAGUAGUCGCUUUCAAUGAGAUUACUUGUAAAUAAACAUCCGCGAUAAGAACAAACAAAUGCCAUGCCGUCGAUACGCGCAACAUGCUUUACAAAGGUAUUGAGGCAGCCAGCAGGCAGCUUAUUAUUCGUUUUGAUAUUUAUGUGCCAUAAAACUGAUUUCAGUUUAAUUGAAACAGCUGCCGAUGUGAUAACCGAUCCUAAAUUCAGUUUUCCAAUUGUAAAUGUCACAGCCUCUGUUGGGCGUGAAGCCUUUCUGACAUGUGUUGUACAGGAUUUGGGAUCGUUUAAGGUCGCGUGGCUGCGUGUAGAUACACAAACAAUUUUGACCAUACAAAAUCAUGUGAUUACAAAAAAUCAACGCAUCGGCAUAACGAAUUCCGAACACAAAACGUGGACUAUGAAAAUCAAAGAUAUCAAAGAGAAUGAUAAAGGCUGGUAUAUGUGUCAAAUAAAUACGGACCCAAUGAAAAGUCAAAUGGGCUAUCUGGAUGUGGUAGUCCCGCCGGAUAUCCUCGAUUAUCCCACCAGCACGGAUAUGGUUGUGCGCGAGGAUAGUAAUGUGACGCUCAAAUGUGCGGCAACGGGCUCACCAGAGCCGACAAUUACAUGGCGACGUGAAAAUGGAGUACCCAUUGAAUUGGCCAACGGCUCUGAGGUGUUGAGCGUUGAGGGUGUUACUUUGGUUCUGCCACGAGUGAAACGUCAACAUAUGGGCGCAUACUUAUGCAUAGCAUCGAAUGGUGUGCCGCCAUCGGUGAGCAAGCGCAUAACGUUGAUUGUGCAUUUUCCGCCAAUGAUAACAGUGCAAAAUCAGCUGAUUGGUGCAGUGGAAAAUAAAAAUGUAACUUUGGAAUGCCAAUCUGAAGCCUUCCCUAAGUCAAUUAAUUACUGGACGAGAGAACGGGGAGACAUAGUACCACCAGGUAGUGUCAAAUAUACGUCUGGCGUGACGGAGAUUGGCGAAUAUCGCAAUGCAAUGCAAUUGCAUAUCAGUGACUUGACGCAAGCAGAGUUCGGCGCUUACCGUUGUGUGGCGAAAAAUUCACUGGGCGAUACCGAUGGCACCAUAAAAUUAUAUCGAAUACCACCGACUGCUGUGAAUUAUGUGGAGAACUCGGAAGGACGUUACAAAGGCAGCAACAAAAAACGCAUCAAGAGCUCGGAACUUUAUCACCAGUCGAAGGCAUCCGAAGGCAUGGACAUGGAGAAUCCCGGCAAACGAAAAGAUAUGAUGCUUGGCAACGAAUUGGAGGAUGGUUACUACGACUCAGCUGCUGCGGCUGUAACGCAUUGUCAACAACAUAAAUUGACAGUGACAACAGUGGCGUUGUUCACCAUAUUGUUACUGUUCAGAAAAGUUGCGGUACUGAUUGACGUCUGACAGUUGCUGAGCGCAGAGCUGCUGAUACACUGAUGACAUUGUGGUUGCGGUGGCGUAUGAGUAACUGUUAAGGCUAAAAGGAUUUACUGUUGCCUGCUUAUGAUUUGUAUGUGCUUGUAUGUAAAUAUUGCUGCAAUAAAUUUGUGCAAAUGUAUGAGUUGUGAGUAUUAAGUCGUUACUAUGCUGCAAGUUAAAAUUAUGAAGAAAAAAUUGUAGAGCACAUAAGGAGCUUAGCAAUGAUAAGCAAAUGUAUAUAUGGUACAGAUAUUGCAAUUUUUAGUUCUAUUUGUAGUUUAUAGAAAGUGAAGCCAAUAAAAGUUAUAAAAUAUAUAAGAAACGAAAUUUAAACAACCUAUAUUUGAAAUAAGGCAGAAAAGUAAUAUGAUAAAACAUUUUAAUUCGUUGAGUUUACAACUAAUUAAUUUUGAAUUUGAUUUUUCUUGUAAAUAAAUAUUGAAAUAUAAUAAGUGUAAAGAUAAUUAACUAUAUGUAAGGUGAACGUAUAAAAUAAUGCUUCCUCACACAUAAAAUAUGAUAAAAUAUGAUUUCCGUUAUAUGUAUAUUUGUAUAAUAUAUACAUAUGUAUGUAUACUGGAAGUAGUGAAUUGAAUUCAAAAUUAUUGUUUUUUUAUUAGUUAAAUAUUACCUUUAUAAUUUUUUAAUCAAAACUGUAAAAAUGAAAGUAAAGUGCAAGUCCGAAGUUCCCAAAGCUGAUUUACAAACACCCUUAAAUUUGCAGGUUUACGUUAAAAAAAUUCAAUUUGAAUCGUACCUAAACCAUGUCUACUUUCCUAUUUAAGAAUAAAAUGGAAUAUUUUGAACUACACAACAUCUUCUUCUUAAUCUUUACUGACAUAGACACCGCCCGCGCUGUUAUAGCGGAGUUAACGACGACGCGACAGUCGCUAUUUCUUUUCGUUAUUUGCUGUCAAUUCGAGAUACCAAAUGCUGCAAGAUCAUUCUCCACCUUAUCUCUCCAACGCUGUGGAGGCCUUCCUCUCCUCGCUGGCGGAUACUCAAUCGAGAGCCUUUAUGGUUGGGUGUUCUCUUCCAUGAGUUCUCUAACAUGAGUAAGCACGCACCAGCUGCUCACUAAAGGCAUCUUUAGUCAUAUCGUCCUCGUCUUCCAACGAGGCAUGGACGCAAAUCAGUGUUACAUUGAAAAAUUAUACUAUGAUGGUCAUUUGUGGAAAUGCCAGCACUCGACUACUGAAUCUUUCGCCCAUCACGAAUUCCACACCAAGUUAGUGCUCUUUCAUAAGAUGUAGCAAAUGUCACAAGCAACUACUCGUCUUCGUCAUUGUCCCGUCCAUCACAUUUCUUGGACGGCGGGGAUGCCACAGUUUGGCUACUGCAUCUUACAUAAGAGUGCGCGGCGUGGUCGCAAGAGUUUAGUCUACGACUAUAACUGCAUACCCAGAAGCAUGACUACACGCCACUACAAUCCAAACAACAACUCUCAAAAUGCAAAGUCUAAUACAAAAUUUUCCACUCUACAAAAAAUCAUAAUAAUUUUAAUUAUUACUUAGUGGGCAUGAUUGGACAUUUAUGUUCCCUCUAUGGCACGGACUGACGGACGCCUAAGCUGCUCUAGAUGUCUCAGUUUUGUCAUGAUUAAGGCUGCCGCUUCGCUGACAGCUUUCCAGUUCUCAGUGGACUGACACAUGAGUGUCGUAAAAAUUACUGUAAAACCACCGACCGAAGAGAAAAACUUAAAACCACCGAGUGUAAGUAGUUCUAAAUUUUUCACUUGUACUUAGAAAGCAAGGACAAUAAAAGAAUACAUGCGCAGGGUCUUCAAAGCACUCUGAGCACGGAUAAUUCAGACUAAUGUCAUGCUGGAAUCUGUACAUGUAGCUUCUGAAGCACACAUGUUCAGUUAGUAUUUGGGUUAGAUGGAAAUCCAGGUCCCCUUGACUAUCCACGAACGGAUGUCUGGUAUCAGUCUGUGGAUCCAUCGUCUUUUGAGUGAGGUUUGCUACCGCUGCUGCCAUAUUGCUAAGCGUUUGACUCUCUCUUCUCUUUUGGCACUGCUUUGUCUAAAAAAGAAACAAUAUUUUUAUAAAUUUCAACACCAGAAAGUUUAGUUUUAACACUGAUUCGGUCGGUAAUGAACUAACAGAACUCACUUUACUUAAAAAAGGAACCUAUUUACUGGUGUAUUACAGAUGCAUUCUAUAUUUGAGAAAGAAAAAAAACUGUAAAAUACCAAAAGAGAUUAAUCUUGAAUUGAAAAAAACUUAUUUUAUUUGGUUUAAAACCACGCUGUGGUAUUUCCUCUCUCUUUAUCUUUUUCGUUCUCACGAAUAAGCCUAUCUAUGACACACACAUGCACAUAAUAAUAAAGGUGUGCGGCUUAACUUAGUACAUUUGAAGAGAAAGUAUGGUUCAAUGCCGCACUAAGGUAGUUUUCUUUCUCGCUCUCAUGAACAAGCAUAUCUACGAUAUGUGCAUGAUGUAUGUGUAUGUACGAAGCAAGUAGUCAUAAUACAUAGUAUCCCUCGAGUUCUUAAAUAUUUUUGGAAUAAAACACUUUACUGACAAAAACAUCUCGUUUAAGAUAAUUCAAAUUUUUCUAUAGAAUCUUAUAUAAUUUUUUUUAGCAGCGCUGCGUUGUCAUUUAGAGUUAGAUAAGAGGCAGUUUUGAUUUGCGUUUUGCGCCAUGGGUAGGCACAAAGUUAAAUGAUUUGUACAUGGUGUUUUUCUCCUCAAGAUGCUGUUCCAUUGUCGGAACCGCCUAGCUGCCGUUCUAAGUGUACGACCAAAAUCAUGUCUUUGUUUGAAACAAUUUGUUCAUUUGGCAGGAUAUCUAGACGAAAUUGGGCAGUGAUUAUUAUCGAAUUUACCGUAACAAUCUCUAUCAAUCAGAUCAGUCCACUAUAGCGUAUAGCGGUCAUACAAAAUGAGCGAUCAAAAUCAAGUUUUUGUAUGGAAUUUUUCGUAAUUGGAAGGGUAAUAUAGCUUCGGUGCAAGCGAGGUUAAGCUUUUUUUCUAUUUUUCCUUUAAUAUGAUUUAUUUGCACUUCUUUUUCAAUGGGUUUCAACCUACUAUGACUUCUUUAUCAACUUCUAUCUUUCUCAAAGGCUGGUGGAGUAUGGUAAUAUGUGUUUGAGCAUCAUUAAAGAGAAGGUAUCAAACUUCAGAGAUUUUAAAGGAUUAUUGGUUGUUAAUAAAUUUUUAAAAAAUAAUUAUUGAAAUUCAGAAUAAAUUUACUUAACAUUUUAUUUGUACAAGAAAAGAAUAGUAUAUAUGUACAAACAGUAAUCUACACAUCAAAUAAAAAAAGCAAUGUUAAACGCUGCUUGUAUGAUAUGAAAGACUGUAUGCACACAAUUCAAUGAAAUUAAGCAGAAGUUACGUAAAAGAUGGAAUAUCGAAUAAUAAAUAAUGUAAAUAAAUCAUUUUUAAGAACUGUAAAUAUAUAUAAUUAAACAUGAAUGAAUGAGUGAAUAAAUAUCUAAAACUAAUACCAUAUACAUACUAGGCAACUAACGGAAACUUAUACCAAAAAGUCGCUAUCUGGAUUGCAGAACAAAAUUCAAAAUCAAACCUUAAUUUAAAUUAUGAUUAAGUGUAACUGAGUUAAGUAAUACUUAAAAAUAUAUUAGAGAAAGUGGUUAGGUUAAAUGAAUUGAUUCCAAAAAAUCAUUAACAUACAUAUCAUGCAAUGCGAUUCAAGUUAAAAUUGUUAUAAACAAAAGAGAAAAAAAAAUCAUAAAU